AUGGUCUUCAACGUCGAAGAGGUAAAGGAGUUUUUGGAGCGCAAUAAGGACCGAAAGAUUGCUCUAGUAACGAGCGGUGGAACGAAGGUACCGCUUGAGAAGCAUGUUGUUCGUUUCAUUGACAAUUUCUCGAUGGGUACAAGGGGCGCCGCUAGCACAGAACAACUACUGGAAAACGGCUACGCUGUUCUGUUCUUCCAUCGGACAGAAUCACUGAAGCCAUACAGCAGAAAAUUUGGAAAUUUGUUUGAAAAACUUGAAGUUGAUGCCAGCGGAACAGUUAAUGUAAAAAGCAUGCCUGGCUUGGUUGAUGCAGUUAAAAAAUAUAAUACUUUUGAAAGUCGCCUUUUAAUGAUACCCUUUCAAAAUAUUCUUUAUUACCUGGAAACACUUAAACAAUUAUGUUCAUUACUUUCGCCUUAUGGAAGGUCUGUCCUCGUCUACUUAGCAGCAGCAGUAUCAGAUUUUUACAUUUCCAGCGAAAAUCUUCCAGUACACAAAAUAGCGUCGAACCAAAACCUGAAACUUUCAUUAGAUGUUGUGCCGAAAAUUAUAAAGAACUUGGUAUGCGACUUGGUGCCAGAAGCAUUCGUGGUUUCUUUUAAGUUGGAAACGGAUGAGAAACUACUAGUGAAGAAGUCUAUUGAUGCUUUGGAAAGGUAUGGCCACAAACUUGUCAUUGCAAAUUUGCUUGACAAAAGGAAAGAGUGGGUUAUUUUUGUUACGAAGGGAAGCCAAGAAUACAUUCGACUGAAUAAGGACCAAAUCGCAAGUGGUGUGGAAAUAGAAGAACAAAUCAUCCAGAAGUUAAAAACCAUGCACGAAGAACAUAUUGCGGCUCAAUAA